AUGAAGCUCGCCGUCGCACUGGCGGUCCUCCCCGCGGCCGCGGCGUUCGUCGGCCCGGCGGCCGCGCCCGCCGAGACGCGGCUGCGGGAGACCAAGGCGGACCUCGAGGCGCUGGCCAAGGAGCUCAACCCGACGGUCGGCUUCUACGACCCGCUGGGGCUCAGCUCCCAGAACUUCUGGGGCAAGAGCGAGGAGGAGACCAUCGGCUUCCUGCGCCACGCCGAGAUCAAGCACGGCCGCGUUGCGAUGGCGGCCUUCUCGGGCUACGUCGUCCAGGCGAACGGCUUCCACUGGCCCUGGGCCAUGACCAUGGACGGCCGGUCCUUCGACGUCGCCGGCUCGCCGCCGGAGCAGUGGGACGCGAUCCCGCUGAACGCGAAGCUGCAGAUCGUCGCGUUCGUCGGCUUCCUCGAGCGCGCCGCGGCGCCCGCCCCGCGCCGCGCCGCCCCGCCCCGCCCCGCCCGCCGGCCGCCCGCGACGCGCCGGCCGCGCCCGCGCAGGUUCUACAGCGAGAUCGCGGGCACGCACUACAUGAAGGGCGGCGUGCCGGGCAAGUACCCCAGCUUCGCCGAGACCGGCUUCGACGCCGUCAUGCCCUGUGUGGAAAUCAACCAGUGUGUCGGGCGCUCAUUUCUCGGCGAUGACGCGGCCGUGCUGUGCUGGCUCCGUCGAGCGGCGAGGAAUCGGCACCGCCACGCCAUCGAGCAGGCAUCGCGUCGAUGGCGUGGAGGUCGACGCGACGAUGCAGCACGAACGCGCCGUAAAAUUUUGAUUUCCACACAGGUCAUGCCCGUCGACCUCUACGACCCCGCCGGCCUCUGGGGCGACAUGUCGGCCGAGAAGUCGAAGCGCGGCCUCGCGGUGGAGAUCAACAACGGCCGCGCAGCGAUGCUCGGCAUCUUCGGCUUCAUGGCCGCCUCGAAGGUCGACGGCUCCGUGCCCGCGCUGUCCUUCAUCAAGCCCUACGCGGGCGACUACAUGCAGCCCUUCGAGGGGAACUUCGACCUGUUCGCGUAGGCGGAACCCCCUCAACUUGAACCCUGAGAAGACGAGUUGGAAUAAAGGAGAUUAAGAGGG